GUUCAUUUAUUGGAUGAAUUUAACCGCUAAUCCUCACGUUAUUUGUUGCUUUUUUUAAUGCUGCAUCAAAUGUAUGAACAUAAAUAACGAGAUUGUUGCUAUUUCUUUUAAUUGAACAAUGGCUUCUCCUACAUCAACCUCCCAAUAUCAAAUAGACCGCAUGAGGUCUAUGAUACUCUUGCUAGGUUCAGACCCUAUCAACAUCAUAAAGACCAAGCUACUUCCGUCUAUCACACGCUCCAAGUUCAAGCUCCUUGGCGCUGCCAUUGCAUUGUAUGUGGCCAGCAUAGUGUAUCGAGCCUUCGCAUACCCAAGGAAACUUAGACAUCUUAAGAGAGUACCACUGCUACCGACGCUCAAGUCCUUGAUGGCAGGUGACAGUGACCUUGAGACAUCCAAAAAAUUUAUGCUACCCCAUUGGAAAGAAACCAACGGCGUGAUGUCCUUUUGGGGCCAGUUUGGAUGGACGGUUAAUGUCGCCAACCCAGAAGCUAUUCGAACCAUUUUGUACAAGACAGAUAUGUUUCCGAAAACGACAGUUUUUCAAGAGCAAAAGUAUAAGAACUUAAUGACAAAGUUUGUCGGAGAUAACAACUUAGUAUUUUCCAAUGCCCAUGAAUGGCGUAAGAGAAGAAAGAUUGCCAACCCAGCUUUCCAUCGUUCCAUGCCUGCAAAGACAUUUGCUGUAUUGACUAGCAGAAUGUUUGAGCAGAUCGAGAAAGCUGAUGGACCAGUGGAUGUACAGAAGUUACUGCAAAGGUUUACCUUAGAUGCUAUUGGCCUCAUUGGAUUUGGCUUUGAGUUCAAUGCUACUAACACUCCUGAGGGUGAAUGGGUGACAACAUACAAUGAUGUUGCUGAUAACGUUGGUGAUUUCAAGUAUCUCUUCUUUCCCAUUCUUGAUACGACACUACUUGGAUUAUUCCCAGAGCGACAAAAGAAGCAUGAAAGCUUGAAUAGGCUGAACGAGCUUUUUGACCGGGUUAUCCAACACAAGAAAUCGGAGUUAGCAAAAGGUGGAUCGAAUGUUGAGGAGAAUGAGAAGGAUCUAUUGACACUUAUGAUGGAGGCUGGGAACGGUGAUGAUCAACAUGAACCUCUUACUUCUAAAGAAAUUCGAGACGAACUCGUGUUGUUUUUCAUAGCAGGUCAUGACACUACAUCUAAUGCCAUGACCGCUGUGUUGUACUACUUGGCUGUGAAUUCGCAUAUACAAGCAAAAGCUCGAAAAGAAGUCUUGGAUGUUCUGGGAGAUGAACCAUUGGACGUUUGGCCGACUCUCGAGCAACUAAAGGAAUUUCCUUAUCUCUCGAAAGUCAUGAAAGAGGCUAUUCGACUAGCACCACCAGCAACUAGUCUCAUUGAAAGAGUGGCUAAAGUGGAUACGGAAUUGGCUGGCGUUUUUAUUCCCAAAGGCACUCUUCUUCAAGUUGACGUUAUAUCACUCCACUAUAACGAGAAUCUUUGGAAAAGUCCAACAAAGUUCGACCCCGAGCGAUUUGCCGAUGGAGGAGAGCUAGAGUCAAUGCCAUCAACCUAUGCUUAUCUUCCAUUCGGUGGUGGCUCACGGCAGUGUAUAGGAAUGAACUUCAGUUUGGCUGAACAACGUGUGGCACUAAGCUCUAUCUUAAGGAAAUACGAGCUCAGUCUGCCCGAGAAUUCCAUUCACAAGGACGGCAUUGUUUUCGAUUCACCAAACAUAACUAUGGCUCCUAAAGGAAUGGAGAUUAACUUUACCCCACGAUAUUAAGCAGGCUAGCUAUUCACCUAAGGCUCAUCCUUAUAAGCCGUCCAACUCCAU